AUGUUGCAGUCUGCAGUGACAGUGUGGGGGACAGCGGCGGCACCUAGCAUCAAGCUGCGCCUAUAUGAGGGCACCAGCAUCUCAAACAAGGCCAAGCAGGCGACCUACGUUGACCUUGGUCAGGACCUCCUCCUCGUCGCCAGCCUUGAUGACGUCGGACUGUACACGAACUUCAUCCUCUACAAUUGCGUGGCGUUUGCGCCUGACAGUCAGUACAGCAUGGUCCUCAUCGACAGCCACGACAACAUGAACAUCACCCGAGAGACGAGCCACUCCCCCUGCGAUGACGGAGAAGAUUGGGAGAACGAGUUGCAGGCGGCGCUGAGCCAGGUCAGCACGCGGAGCAACAACGCGGGGCGCCGUCCCCACGAGCAGGCAACGGCGCGGGACGUGCAGGAAGAACCGCCCCACAAGCGGUACUGCGAGCCGACCGCCGCCGCCACGCCGCCGCCGCCGACCGCCGACGACGGUUGCGCGACACAGUCGACCCGCAACGCCCCCGCCACGCUGUGCACGCAGUGUACACUGUGCCCGUGUCGACGCCGCGUUCAGGCCACGCCGCCCGUCGCCACGGUCAGGCCGUGCGUCACGGCCGCGCCGGUGACCACCGCUACCACCGCUGCCGGAGCUGUCGCUACCGCCGCCGCCGCCACCGCCGCCGUAGCCGUGCGCGUGCAACAGACGACGCAGACAAUUUACAGCCGGCCCAACUGCAGGCCCGCGCAUGCCACGCCAAGCCUCACCUUCGGCGCGUCGGGUGAGCAGGUCGCCUACAAUUCGUGGGAUCACUACCGCGACGAUGUAAUGAAGUUCUGGCACCUCAACCCGGGCUUCACGGUGGUGCACAUGCAAAAUGACCAUUUAGCGUUGAAGGUCGUCCCCGUGGAAGCCGCGCCACGUGCAGGUCUGUCCUGGGAAAACCAGCAUCGGCCGGCGCACCUGGUGGAGGACGAAGCCUGGAUGGUCAGCGACGACGAGGACGCCGAAGAAGAAGAGGAGCGACGCUUCUACAGCGGGUACCGCUGAGGACCCCACGAUGACGGCGAGGACCCCACGACGACGGCGAGGACCCCACGAUGACGGCGAGGACCCCACGAUGACGGCGAGGACCCACGACGACGACCGCGACGACGACGGCUGCAACGCCAAACUAGUUAAUUUUUGUUGUUCUUGUUUUGUAUUGUGUAAAAAACGAAAGGAAGAAAAGAUCGAUAAACGUAAAAUAAAAUAAAAUAAAAUAAAAUAAAAUAAAAUAAAACAAAAUAAAGAACUGUGUGCUUAGUUAAGUUAGUUCGUUUGUUAAGAGGGUGAUGGGUGCACUGGAAAAAAAAAUCAAAUAUAAAAUAACAGAACGAAAAAUUCAAAGAAAAAUAAUAAUAAAAAUGAAUAUAAAAGACGUACAGCGUACGUGUACAUUACAGUACAGCGUACAUUUCGGCUUAACAACGUUGUUCGCCGCAUAGCUGCGGCUUCCAACUUUUUCCUAUGGGGGGGGGGGAUAAUG